AUGCUUUUAGUUCUCCCUGGCCGGCAAGGCUAAGCAAUGUGUGAGCUGGAGUGACCUUUAUGCACAAUGUCUUUCCAAAGGCCUAUCCAGCAGAACAACAAUUUGGUGGAUACGGGCCCAGCUUAUAGCUUCUACUCUACUCCCACAGGUAACCCACAAGUGGAUAAUAAAAGGAUUCAAAUGCUGGCAGAAACAGUGGCCACUUUGCCCCGGGGACGAAAGCAGAAUGCUUUGACUAGAUCAAGUUCUUUGGGUGACUUCUCCUGGCCACAGAGAAGGCUGGUCACUGUGGAAAAACAGGAUAAUGGAACAUUUGGAUUUGAAAUUCAGACUUACCAACUGCAGAACCAAAAUGUCUAUUUGACUGCGAUGUACACAUAUAUCUCUAAAGUACAGGAGGAAAGUCCAGCUUACCGCUCUGGACUGCAGACUGGUGAUGUCCUUGCUAAUAUCAAUGGAGUUAACAUGGAAGGUUUUACUCACAAGCAAGUGGUUGAAUUGAUAAAAUCUGCAGGAAACAGGUUAAGGCUGGAGACAGUUAAUGGAACGAUGAUUCUCAGAAGGGCAGAGCUUGAAGCCAAGCUGCAGGCUCUGAAGCAAACCUUGAGAGAAAAAUGGGUGGAGUUCCGAGCUUUGCAGUUACAGGAACAGCGCCUGCUUCAUGGCGAUGUAGUUGACAGCUCAGGACUGGAAAGUUUGCAAUCAGAAGAAUCUUUAGCCGAAAGCUCAUCGGGACUGGCUGCCACUUACCAGAACCGCAACAACCGCCUUUCCAGUGAAAGCAGCUGUAAGAGCUGGUUGAGCUCCAUGACUAUGGAGAGUGAGGAUGGUUACCAAACGUGCAUGUCUGAGGAUUCGUGCCAGGAAGCCCUGAGCCGGCAGACGAGCAUGGAGGAUGAGUGUUUUUUCCUCAAGGAUGGCGAGAUGGCGCUGAGGAAACCUUCCACCAGGAGGAACAGGAACAUCAGUACUGCUAGCAGCGGCUCCAUGUCCCCCUUGUGGGAAGGUAGUGGCACCAAUUUAGUCAGUGUGUUUGGGACUCUGCCACGAAAAAGCAGAAGGGGAAGUGUUCGGAAACAGCUUUUGAAAUUCAUUCCUGGCCUGCACCGAGCAGUGGAAGAGGAAGAGAGCCGAUUUUGACAAGGGAGGAGCCCUUUUCCAAUGCGCUCAUCCCACAAGGAGUGGCAAUGAUGAAAACGUGUUGGACCAUCCGAACUUCAGCUCCACCCAGCUCAGUACAAGUGAGGAGAUGGCUUCGGAAACUGACAUGGGACCUCAAGGCAGAAGUGGCCCUUAUUUAAAUGAUUCAUCUACAUUUUGUUGCUGUUGCUGUUGUUGUUGUUUUAAAUUGUUCUUCAACCAACUAAAUUUGGAAGGGACGUGAGUCCAGAUCUUCUCCUUACUACCUGGGUGACUUUGGGCAACUCACUUAACCUCUCUGGGCCUUUUAUAGAUGAGGAUCUAUUAAAUGAAGGGGUUGUACUCGAUGACUUUGAUUAUCCCACUUAAAUAAAUUGUUGGGGAUAGACUUGGUUAUGAGAAAGUGUAUGCCACAUCUGAUGUUGCCUAUGUAAGGAAAGGAAUAUUUAUUAUCUAGAUUGUCCAUGUGAAAAAUAAGUUUGAGACUUUUUGACUCAAAUUAGAAAAAAAUGGAUGCCUCAAGUAAUAUGACUGCUUGGAAUAUUUUUUCCACAGGCUUUUUAGUGGGUUUGCCUAAGACCAAAGUGCAGUCUGGAAAUGCUUUAAAAUCAAGGAAUGUCAAAAUAUAUAUUUAAAUGUAUAAAUUUAUAGCAGAUGUUAGAGACCAGUAAUUCUCCAUGCUGCUGAGGGACAGAAUAAGAGAAGAUCAUUAAAGAUGUGUCAGGCCAAAUUCAGCUUGGGAAUCAGGAUACACAUUUCCUGACAAAGGGGGUUAUCAAGACUUGAAAUGGGUUGCUGAGGGUAAUUAUUAGUUUUCCUUCACACGAAACCUUUAAAAACAUCAGAGAUUCUUAUCUCCCAAGGCUAGUUCAAGUGUGCUCCUUCCUGAGGAUGGAAUAGGGAUUGGAUCCCUUGGCAACAUACCUAGGUUUUGUGAUGAUUUUCUGUCCAUUGUCCAAAAGGCCUAAGAAUUUUAUCCCAAGACAUUUCUCCCUGUCACCUCCCAUAUUCUAGCUGUGCCUUUUUGAACACUCUUCUGUGUUUACUAUCCAUCAGGGUGCACAAUAACUUAGGCUUCAUAGCUCCUGGGAUGAAGGUGAUUGUUAUUUUCACCCUGGAGUAAAUCAUCUGAGCUACCAGUAAUAAUCCUUCAGUUUUUCAAAUAUUACAUAUUUUUGUGAGGGAGGGGGAGGGAAAAGGGAAAGAGGAGUUUGCAGAGUCCAUGUGGGUCUACUACCAGACAUGAAUAAACUUCAAAGAUAAUUAAAAAGUUUUAUAAUUUUGGGGAAACAUUGAAAAUUUAUAAUUUUCCUAAAGGGAGAGCAAGCAGGUAGAGUUAAGAAAAACUGAUAACAUUUAUAAUUAAAAUCUUUUCCUACUGUGGUAUUAAAAAAGCUUUUCCAAAUUCAUAGUAAUAUAGAAUUUAUGUGAAAGAAAUGUAUAAUUGGCCUUCCAAUAAAUAUUAUUUGAUACUGCUUUGGUGAUACCAAGUUUUCAUAGGACACUCCCUUGUACUAUUAUGCUACACAUAAGGAAGGAUUUAAAUAUACAGGUUUGGGGUAUUGCAUAGACAUACCAUCUUUAGUUAUUAUUCUCUAUUUGGGAAAAAAAAAUUAUGUGGAAAGAAAGUUCUGAUUGUUUCUGUUAUUCUGGACAUCCACUAGCAAGUUUUCUGACUUGUUCAUUUUGAGGGCAAUUGAUAGCCUUAUUUCUUACCAAUAAAUUAUGCUCAGUACCAACAUUUUGAGAGAUGAUGCCAAAUAAGUCCAAA